UACAGGUCACCUGUACUGUAAUUAGACCUUCAGCCUUUGUGCUGUUGCCUCGUAUGAAGCGCUUUUAUUUCUCUACUUUUGGCUAACAGACUGUGGAAUUCAGGCUCUCAAUGAGUCCGGAUGUCUCUUUUCUUUUCUCAACGUGACAGCUUUGGGUGCGUUUGAUGAAACCAUGUGGCGGCUUCUCUUUGUGCAUGUAAUCGUAUGCUGCCUCAGCAUGGCUCGUCCCUACUGUCCUUCCCAAUGCACCUGUGUCUUCCACGGACGAACUGAUGGAACAGGAACCAGAUCUGUGCUGUGCAAUGACCCAGAUAUGUCUGACAUCCCCGUCAAUGUACCUGUGGAUACAGUCAAACUUCGAAUAGAGAAAACCGCAGUACGGCGAGUCCCAACAGAAGCUUUUUACUACCUGGUGGAGCUGCGGUACCUGUGGAUUACUUACAACUCCAUAACCGCAGUUGAUACUGGAAGUUUCUACAACCUUAAAAUGCUCCAUGAGCUGAGACUCGAUGGAAAUAUGAUCUCCAUGUUCCCUUGGGAGUCUCUAAAAGAGAUGCCAAACCUGAGGACUCUGGAUCUACACAACAACAGACUCACUAAUGUUCCCACUGAGGCCAUCUCCUACCUCCUCAACAUUACAUACUUGGACCUGUCCAGCAACAAACUAACAACCCUACCCUCUGAUCUCAUGGAUAUCUGGCCACCCUUCAACGGUGAACCCAUCACUACUAAUGCCUCUCAGAAAGUUGUGUUAGGACUCCAAGAUAAUCCCUGGUUCUGUGACUGCAAAAUCUCCAAGCUGAUUGAGAUUUCCAAGAUGGCUGACACCCCCGUGGUUUUAAUGGACCCAUUUCUGACCUGCAGUGGACCAGAGAGUCUCAUUGGUGUCCUGUUUCAACGCGCUGACCUUGACAAAUGUGUAAAACCCUCCGUCAUAACCUCUGCAACCUCGAUCACAUCGUCGCUGGGCAGCAAUGUUCUUCUGCGAUGUGACGCCACAGGGUUUCCCACUCCCACACUCUACUGGGUUAAAUCAGACGGCUCACGCGUCAACAACACAGUCCAGGAGUCACCUGCUGAGGGAGUCAGGUGGUCCAUAAUGAGCCUGCAUGGAAUAUUAUACAAAGACGCAGGGAACUACAGCUGCAAAGCUAAAAACGUUGCAGGAAAGGCAGAGAGGACAAUUUCCCUGUCAGUUGCCGGUACGAUGAGCACCACCGUUCCUUCAGUGAGGCCUACUGCGGGAACGGGACCCUCCAGCCAAGGCACAACGUUUGCUUCUCUAACGCGUAGCCCCUACUCAACCUCAUCCAUGUCUACAAUACCCCCAGGAACAUCGACAAUGCAAUACACCAUCCCCAAAAAGCCUAAAGGUACACUCAAACAAACAAAAAUGCUGCAGGGAGGUAAUGGAAGGAAGCUGGCAGCAGAUGAAAAGAGUAAGAAAAGCGAUGACUCGAAGUCUGUCAAGAACCUAAGGACUGUAGAAGAAACAUCUGACAGUGCAGUGCUGCUUUGGACAGCUGACGGUUUAUCAAACGAUGCCCCGCUUACAGUCGUAUGUUCACCUUAUGGUGAGGACAACGUCAAAAGGACAGAGGAGACAAACGCUGGCAGUGGAAAACUGCUCCUGGAGGGACUGUCCUCUGGAAUGAGGUACUCUGUCUGCCUCAUAGCGAAAGGCAGAAAUGCUGGAAAAGACCCCUGCAUUGACUUCUACACGCUAGACAUUGUAGACGACAGCGGGCAGAACCAGCUCCUCGUCAUCAUCAGCGGCAUUGCCUGUGCUCUGAUUUUGCCUCUCAUUGCCGUGUUGAUCUAUAAGAUUCUUAACCUGUACUGCAAAGGAAGCAAUGCGGCUUUGAACGAAGAGGAACUGGAAAAAGAGAGCUACGUCAAAUUUGAAACCAUUUCCAUGAAACAAAGAACGUUGAACUCUCAUCCCAAUGAGCUCUGGGCGAGAAGGCCAACCCACGAAUCGGAGCGGAUGCUUCUAUGCUCCAGGUCCAGCAUCGACUCCCAGAUGACCUAUAAAAGUGACAGCUCCCGGUCCGAGUACCUCUGCUAAUGUCAGGAAUCCACGGCCAACGCACACAUGCCACAGGAAACAAAAAUAUUACGAACGCCUUUAUACCUGCCUUGUAUGAAAAUAUUGUAACAAAAAUGUAUUUUAUAAAUAUUCUUUUUCUGGUUAAUUAAAAAACAGUCAAUAGAUGGUAUUCAUAUCAAUGUCCUUAUUUACUGUGAAGCCUUAUAUCCGAAUAAGAAAACCCUGUCAAUGCUCCACAGCACCUUUGCUGGAUGCAGCUGCUAAGAGCAAAGCAGUUAACUGCCGUUGUUCGAUCACUAAAUAUCAUAAAGCAUUUUACAAAGGGUCCUCAAAUUCUCAUUUACGUUGAUUGGUCGAGAUCAGGUCAUUGUGUUUUUUUUCACCCUCCAUUUGCAUAUUUCAGUUAAUUAUCAUUGAUAACGCGUAUCCACAAUAGUUAAUGUCAAAGUCAAAAGCGUUUAUUGUCAUCUGUACAGGUUCCCCUCGUGCAAUGAAAUUCUUACAUUGCUUGUUGACAAUGAAUGCCGGGGAAAAUACAAAAUAGAGAUAUAGUCAAACUAAAAGCAAUACAAACUAUACAGUAAUAGUAAUACUACUACAACUACAAUAAUAGUAAUAAUAAUAAUGGCAGUAGGGAUUCAAAUAAAAUGUAAGUAAUGUGCAGUGUGCAAAUAACAACAAUAGCAGCUUGACAUUGUGUGCAAAUAGUAGCAGCAGUAUCAGUCCGUUGUAGUCAGAUCUGAAUGAGUCCAUUGGAUGACUGUUCAGUAAUCUGAUGGCUGAGAGGAAGAAUGGGUUCCUGAGUCUUCAGGUUCUACACUCACUAUAAACAGUGCAUGUUGAGGGUGGGUGGGGUCCAGCACUCGUUGACUCUGCGAUGAUAAACAGCCUGCAGAGAGGGCAAAGAAGUCCUGGUGAUCUUCUCAGCUGUCUUCACCACUCUCUGCAGACAUUUGCGGCCCCUAAUAGCCGUGCUGCUGUACCACAUAGUGAUGCAGUUGGUCAGUAUGCUCUCAAUUGUGCAGGUGUAGGAGUUGAUGAGGAUCUUUGGUGACAUACAGUACCCAACCUCCUCAGCCUCCUCAGAAAGUACAGCCACUGUUGGGCUUUCUUCACCAGCUGCGUGGUUGAGAGUCCAGGUGAGGUCCUCACUGACCCCAAGGUACCUGAAGCUGCUCAGCCUCUCCACUUCAAGCCCCCGGAUGAACUGUGGCCAAUGAUGUCCACUAUAAUCAUGUCCACUAUAACUUCUACACUACACUGGCAGACUAAAAAAUGCAAAUAUAUAUUUAAAAAAAAGAAAUUGUUCAUUGAUCAUGAUUCCAUUAAAAUGACUGGGAGUUAGUUUCACUACUAGAGCAAAGUUAUAUUCAAUGCCAAAGUGUCAGAGAUAUACUGUGUCAAAAAAAAUUAAAUAACCUGAACGUUGCCUUACUGGACAAGAACGUACUGUCGCUGUGUUUGAUAUGAUGUAGUUUGUGAUUUGUUUAAUAAAUUCUGCCACCUUGUAAAAUCAUGUGUAUAUAUUUGUCAGUCAGAUUUGUUUUUAAUACACUAUACAAGAUUUUAAUUAUUAUGAUCAUUAAGUUUUGUAUAAAUGUUAUUGUCAAUUUAACUUGCACAGCAUUUGUCACUGUGAUAUUUUUCCAGGUAGCAAACUAAAAAAAUAAAAUAU